GACACAAGAGAAAUCAAAACAGGAAGCCAUCAGAGGAAAUAUGUCAGACUAAGCCAGCCUAACGGGUGCCCCCCAAACGACUCCGAGGAGAUAGUAGGAGGGGGGGAGAAGAUGCUAUCUUCAAAGUCUUUUCUAAUCAAUCACGGGGGACUAAAAUCAAAGGAGUUAGAGCUUAAUCCAGGAAGCCUAGGUUUCUCCUCUAGGGAAGACAACGAAGCCGAUCCGAAAAUGGAGAAGAGACUACGUCAUACUAUCUGGGAUUGUGCGGAGAGUCAGGACCACCCCACUAGCAAUUAA